AUGUCGUGGAUCAUGAAAACCACCAAAAAUGCCGAACGAGACGAGGCGCUGCGCAAGCUGGAUUUAAUCGUCCCGCCGUCGCAAGAUGAUGUUGACGCUGGGACGAAGAAGUGCACCGGAUGGGCUUCAUUCAUCAACAAAACUGAACGACAGACAUUCAUUUCAAAUGCCUACACGGUCUUGACGAACAACGCAGAGGACAGCCUUAGUGGUUUCGAAGUCAAGCUGAAUGUUACAAUCGAUGAUACGGGCAGAAGAUGGCACGCCGCCCUUAGCGCUGUGAACAAGCAGCGCAAAGUGGCCAGGUCUAUCUCCUCGCCUCAAUCCGGUGAUACGCCAGGACUCGCACUUGCUGCUUUGGUAGAUACCGUCGCGCAGGAAGCGAGGGCUAUCCUAAGCCGUUCAAACGUAGGUGUGGCUGGUCCAUUCAUAAUGAGCACAAUCCAGGACAGAAAGCAGGCGAAGACGGAGCCAGACGACGCUCCGUUACCUUUCGAUUCAAGGCCCUCGCAACCUCGCCUACAUGCUGAUGUCUCCUCGGCGAGGAAUGGGAAAGAGUACAACAAGAAGCUGCGGGAACCGACACAAGUGAAUGCCUAUGGUAGACAGCGCAUUGUUCAGAGAAACUCCUAUCCUGUCCCACAGGGGCAACCGGCGGCUAUGAAUUACAGACUACCCGGUGGUUACGAGCGACAUCCAAUGAUGGACGCUCCACAAAAGAGGGAAACGGUCGAGCGACACUCUCUUGUUGAUGUUCUAGCUGAGCCGGCUGCUGUACAUCAUGACCCGCGUUCAGCCCGCGCGCAUCGUCCCUCGACAGGAGCUCUACGACAUCCCGAGAGACAACGCCGUUCAGCUGUCGAACAGCACGCCCCCACCAACGACCUGCUCCAGCCGUGGGCUGUCCAUAGCGGACGUGUUCAACCCGUACCGGCUCCAGAAGUAGAGGAAGGCUUGGUGAAUUGGGCAGCUUCCUUCAAAGAGGCAAACGACGCCGAUACAAAAAUUCCCAUGGCCGACACGCGCCCCCGCGCCGCCACUCUCUUCGAGGAAGUCAUAAUGAGACAGGGUCAUACGCUAGCCAACCCAAGCGUUCUCCAAGCAGCUCGAGGUGCCUACCCUGUGUCAGGCCCUCAUCAUCGACUGUACCACCAGAAAGAUGGCGAUGGACCUCCCGUAAGGUUACCUUCGGUGAGGAGACAUCCCCGCAUUGUGGAUCCCAAUCAAGUUCUUUUCCAAGGCGAGGGAGGGAUUGCACACACGAGACAUUUGCCAGUACCUCCGCCAAGCCACAGCAGGGAUGUCCGUCCACAUGGGAAAGUCCCAGAGAUGGUGCAGCGUCCGGUCAGGUAUGGUUCCCAGUCGGAGAACCUGGAAGGACCUUCCGGGACUGUCACGGUCUCAGCACAGGGAUCCCACAAUGGCAGUCAAAAAUCCGCCAUAGCGUCCUCUUCGAAGCAGAGGCAUCACCACGACGAUGCUGAGACCAUUGCGGAACAUGCCAAUGGCUCUUCGCAGUCGGAAUACGGGCAAAGAGACCAAACUGUCACAACGAGAAGUGUCUCAUCAAUUCCAGAUCGUUAUCGUCACCGCAGAUCAGGAGCCGUCAUGUCGCAGCGCGCAGUACUCCAUCAACCAGUUCGUCGCUACCAGAGCGCAGAAGCGAUCAUCACAAGCACCUCAAAGACCCCAAUCCCCAGCUCAAACUCAGCAAAAACAAAAGCCUCGGCCACAAAAGACAGCGGCAUGGACAUUCGUAUUACUGAAAGCUCACCCCCGAUCACUCACCCUGAUCCCCGAAUCACCGGAGCCGCGAGCCCGAUACUGUCGGAUUUCGGAGGCAUCGAACCCGUCGCCGCAACGAGGAUAGCUCCUGAUCCUGGUGGAAGGCCUGUGGCGCGGAUUGAAUCGAUGAACUCCAUUCGCUCGCAGCCGGUGGUGGUGACGAGACGUGAAUCGAUGAACUCCAUUCGCUCGCAGCAGCCGGUAGUGACGAGACGUGAAUCGAUGAACUCCAUUCGCUCGCAGCAGCNUGAAUCGAUGAACUCCAUUCGCUCGCAGCAGCCGGUAGUGACGAGACGUGAAUCGAUGAACUCCAUUCGCUCGCAGCAGCCGGUGGUGACGAGACAUGAAUCGAUGAACUCCAUUCGCUCGCAGCAGCCGGUGGUGACGAGACGUGAAUCGAUGACUUCUGUUCGAUCGCAGGAUUCUACUGCUCUGGUGGCUGGGGAUUCGACGGUACCUAUUGUUCGCUUGCCUCCGGUUCCGUCACAUGCGCCUGGAUCUAUUGCUCGCUUGCCGCCGGUAGAUGAGCUGAGCGUUGCUGUGAUGGAAGGGGGUGAGUGA